GUCAGAGGCGGCUGCUGCCGCGGGCGUCCCUGCGGUUCGACCUGCUGGGAGGCUCGGUGGCGUCGACCGUGGCCGACCUCCUGGUCCGGCUCUUCGCGCUGGGGGAGGCGCAGCUGCAGGCCGUCGUCGUAACCUGCCUGGGCUUCUUCUUGCGCGGGCAGCGCGCUUUCGUGAAGGACCGCAAGAUAGGCGACAUCUUCCGCAGCGCGCUGUCGUCGAGCAGCCUGGGCCUUUGCCACAAGGUGCUCGAGGCCCUGGGGUCGCUGCUCUCGCACUUCGGCAGCGAAGCGGAGAAGGAGACGGCGGUGAGCGCCAAGGACCUGGCCGCUGACGACGCCAAAAAAACGCUCGAAGGCGCCGGGGCGAAGAAGAGCGCCGUGGAGUCGGCACAGCCCCUCGCGGCCUACAGCGACGCCGUGCUGGCACAUGUCGCGCUCGCUGGAAGCAUCGGCCCUGGCGGCGCGCCUGGUGCAGGCGCUGCUCUCGCGGACGUCGCCAAGGUGAGGAUCGAGGCGCUGUGCGUGGUGCGCCUGCUGCACCAGCAGGGCCUCGUGAACCCCAUGGCCAUCCUGCCGAAGGUCUUUGCCCUGUGCUUCGAGGGCGAUGCGACGGUGAACGAGUCUGCCUCUGCAAUGAUGAGGGAGAUCCUGGAGCUGCGGCCGACCCUUCUGCUGAAUCGCGUGGACGAGGCAUUUCGAGAGGCCUUUCUCGCGCUGCUCAGCGGCGCGGGCGGUGCCGCCGGGGCCGGUGCUCAGCCCGGCGUCGCGCCGGGCGCCGCUCACUUCUCGGCGCUGGGGGAGGUGUACGUGGAGCGCUUCCGCAAGCAGAAGGGCGUGCGCGAGCAGCUGCUGCGGAAGGCCUUGCGCGAGCUUUUCCGAAUGGACGUCGGGCGCUUCCAGGAGCGCUUCGCGGAGCUCUCGGCCGCGCCGCCGCCGCUGACUGCUCGCGAGGGGCAGCCGCCCCACAAGCGCGCCAGGGGCGUGGCCGACCCGGGAUCGGUGCCCGGCGAAGGCGCCGCCAGCAGCUCGGCGUUCUCGCGGCUGCCGCUGCUGCAGCGCCACCAGCUGCUGUACGCGCAGUUCGUGGCACUCGGGGGGAUGCGCGAGCUCGUUCACAUCCAGGGCGGCCAGUGCGGUAACCAGAUAGGAGCGAAAUUCUGGGAGGUGAUUUCAGAUGAGCACGGGAUUGACCCCACGGGUACCUACCACGGCGACUCCGACCUCCAGCUUGAGCGGAUCAACGUGUACUACAACGAGGCCACGGGCGGGCGCUACGUGCCCAGGGCGGUGCUCAUGGAUCUGGAGCCUGGCACCAUGGACAGCGUCCGCGCGGGGCCGUUCGGACAGUUAUUCCGGCCGGACAACUUCGUAUUCGGCCAGACUGGAGCUGGAAAUAAUUGGGCGAAAGGGCACUACACCGAAGGAGCCGAGCUGAUCGAUAGCGUCCUCGACGUCGUUCGCAAGGAGGCCGAGGGGUGCGAUUGCCUGCAGGGUUUCCAAAUGUGCCAUUCCUUGGGAGGAGGCACAGGCGCUGGGAUGGGAACCCUGCUGAUCUCCAAGGUCCGCGAGGAGUACCCGGAUCGCAUCAUGGAGACUUUCAGUAUUAUCCCCAGCCCAAAAGUUUCGGAUACCGUCGUGGAGCCAUACAACGCCGUCCUUUCUUUCCACCAGCUCGUGGAGAACGCGGACGAAUGUUUCCUGUUGGAUAACGAGGGAUUGAAGAUGGCGGUGGCUUUCGCCGGCAAUUCUACCGCGAUCCAAGAAAUGUUUAAGCGUGUAGCAGAAUAUUUCACUGCCAUGUUCCGGCGCAAGGCGUUCCUUCAUUGGUACACAGGGGAGGGCAUGGACGAGAUGGAGUUCACCGAGGCCGAGAGUAACAUGAACGACCUGGUUUCCGAGUACCAGCAGUACCAGGACGCCACCGCCGAGGAGGAGGGCGAGUUCGACGAAGAAGAGGAGGGCGAGCAGUGA